UCCCGCGAUUUCGUUUCUUCUCACGCUCCCCCCCCCACACCCCCUCCCGCGUCCAGCCCCGCUCUCCCCACCUUGUAAAACAAAGCCGGGGAAAAUGCCUGCCCGUGCAGCUCGGAGCGCGCAGCCCGACUCUGAAUAAGAAUGGCGGCACCUGACUUGCUGGACCCUAAAUCUGCCGCUCAGAACUCCAAACCGAGGCUCUCGUUUUCCACGAAACCCACAGUGCUUGCUUCCCGGGUGGAGAGUGACACGACCAUUAAUGUUAUGAAAUGGAAGACGGUCUCCACGAUUUUCCUGGUGGUUGUCCUCUAUCUGAUCAUCGGAGCCACCGUGUUCAAAGCAUUGGAGCAGCCUCAUGAGAUUUCACAGAGGACCACCAUUGUGAUCCAGAAGCAGACAUUCAUUUCCCAGCACUCCUGUGUCAAUUCGACCGAGCUGGACGAACUCAUCCAGCAAAUAGUGGCAGCAAUAAAUGCAGGGAUUAUACCUUUAGGAAACACCUCCAAUCAAAUCAGUCACUGGGAUUUGGGAAGUUCCUUCUUCUUUGCUGGCACUGUUAUAACAACUAUAGGAUUUGGAAAUAUCUCACCGCGCACAGAAGGGGGGAAAAUAUUCUGUAUCAUCUAUGCCUUACUGGGAAUUCCCCUUUUUGGUUUUUUGUUGGCUGGAGUUGGAGAUCAACUAGGGACCAUAUUUGGAAAAGGAAUUGCAAAAGUGGAAGAUACCUUUAUUAAGUGGAACGUUAGUCAGACCAAGAUUCGCAUCAUCUCAACCAUCAUAUUUAUACUCUUCGGCUGUGUACUCUUUGUUGCUCUGCCUGCGAUCAUAUUCAAGCACAUAGAAGGCUGGACUGCCCUGGACGCCAUUUAUUUUGUGGUCAUCACUCUAACGACCAUUGGAUUUGGCGACUACGUGGCAGGUGGAUCAGAUAUUGAAUAUCUAGACUUCUAUAAGCCUGUCGUGUGGUUCUGGAUCCUUGUAGGGCUUGCUUAUUUUGCUGCUGUCCUGAGCAUGAUUGGGGACUGGCUCCGAGUGAUAUCAAAAAAGACAAAGGAAGAGGUGGGGGAGUUCCGAGCCCACGCCGCCGAGUGGACGGCAAACGUCACCGCCGAGUUCAAGGAGACCAGGAGGCGCCUGAGCGUGGAGAUCUACGACAAGUUCCAGCGAGCCACCUCCAUCAAGCGGAAGCUGUCGGCGGAACUCUCUGGCAACCACAACCAAGAGCUGACCCCAUGCAGGCGGACCCUGUCCGUGAACCACCUAGCCAGCGAGAGGGAUGUCCUGCCUCCCUUACUGAAAACCGAGAGCAUCUAUUUGAACGGACUGACGCCGCACUGUGCGGGCGAGGAGAUCGCGGUUAUCGAGAACAUUAAAUAGCCCUCUCUUUGAAGAGCCUUAGGCGUAGCCAUAGGUGAGGACUUCUAUAUGCUCUUUAAUGACUGUUGCUGGUAGCGUUUUUUAAAUUGUGCAUGAGCUCCAAAGGGGGAAACAAAAUAGAUAACACCCACCAUGGUCAUCUACCAUCAAGAGAAUUUGGAAUCCUGAGCCAGCACUCUCUUUUUGAUGACGCUUGUUGAACAGUCCACGCUCCUUGACAAGUGGAAUAAAACAAGCAAUGUCUGAUGCCUUUCUGUGCCCAGACUGUUUUCCUCCCUCUUUUCCUAAUGUGCCAUAAGGCCUCAGAAUGAAUUAUAAUUGUUUCCGGUAAUAAUGUAGCUUUGAGGGAUCAAGUCCUUAACUUUUCAGGGUCUACCUAACUGAGCCUAGAUAUGGACCAUUUAUGGAUGACAACAUUUCUUUUUGUAAAUGGCAAGAGAUUCUUAUGCAGCCUUUUACCUAAGAAAUUUUCUGUCAGUGCCUUAUCUUCCGAAGAAAGAGAACCUCUCUAGCUAAUGUAUGGUUUCUCCUUCCCCGCCCUACCCCUAGGCUCACUUCUGCAGCCCUUUAUCCCACAACUCCCGUUUGAAUACCAUACCUUGCUGGAAACAGUGCGUAAAAUGAAGUGAUGAUGCCCGAAGAAGGAAUAGAUGCCACAUUAGAUGGACAUUGAAGCAGAAAUUCUAGCGUUAAAGGCACUGCAAAGAAAUGAGGUGUGCAGAUGGCCCCUCUAAGUAUUUAUUUGACUCAGGUACCAGUGGUACAUAUAUACAGUGGAAUUAUCUCCAGGCUGGUAAAAUUGGCUGCUCUAAACAGUCCCUGUUUUUCCUGGCAGUAUUUGGAAUUUAUCACUUAUUGCUAACUACACAUUUUUUAAAGGUGGAAGAAAAUAUAUAUAUAUAUAUCAGACAUGGAUAGUAUUGGAGAUGAUUUAAGACAAUUGGUGUGAAAGAAGAUAGCACGAUAAUGUGUUACGAGCAUUUGGCUAAUAAACAUUAUACUGCCAGCACCUAUUUGCUUUUUGAUGUGGAAGGCUUAUACGAUUUUCUUUUCCUGGGUGACUUUCGCCAGACAGGGGAGGUGACGCUGUAGCCGGAGGUGGGCACAGCCUAGCCUUGUGUGGGUGUCCCUCUGGAGCUGUGAGUGAGUUUGAGAGCAGAAGUAGAAACUGGGAUCACUGUGAUAUAUUGCACAUGGAAAAAAAAUGCAGAAUGCAGGCAUAAUUCAUCUUUGACAUUAGAGAAAAAGCUGUUAUAGCACAAUUUAAAUCUUGGGAGCUUUUUUUUUUUAGAUAGAAAAGGCUGAUAACCCUUUUUAGUUGAAUUUUAUAUCCUGUAACUUUGGAUGUUUCCAAGAUUCAGAAAAAAAUUCAUUAAAGGCACCUAGUAGAUUGCUACUCUCAUUUAUUUUCAUACUUAGAUCUGCUGUACAUUGUAUAUAUAAUUUUUAAAAUGCAGAAAGAAGAUGGUUUCCCCAAAUACAAUUGCAAAACAUUUCUUUCAUUCUGGGGAGAGGGGUGUGACAGUGGUGGAAAUAUCUGAAUAAGUGGCAUUCAGAUUAGGGUCUUAAAAAAUAAACAGGAUCUUAAAAAAAAAAAAAAAAACAUCUAAAUAGAUGCUUAUUUUCCAAAAUUUAAAUCUAAGCCAGACAUGUAAAUAUUACGUUAACUUGUUGAAGGUACUUUUAUAAACUUAAAAAAUUCUAACCCAAAUUUUAGAAAGUCAGGCUCUUUUAGAAAGCAAGCUACACCCAUCUCCUCAACAACUGUUCUGAAAGUUCAUAUGGUGGAAUGCACCAUGUAUAAACUGUGAAUUGUAUUGACAAAUAAAGUUUGUAAUUAAAGUCA